AAACUUAACGCUAUUACUAUUAAAAACUAUUGCCUUUUUUUUUUAGUUAAAAAAACUUUAGAUUGUUUAUUAAAUAUAUAUUAUUAUACUAUUUUUAACUUACAAAACGCAUAUUACUGCUUAAAAAUUAUAGUAACCUAUAUUAAUAAAGCACUUAGUAAGUACUUAAACUAUAUUUAUAUAGUUUACUUAGAUAAUAUUUUUAUUUAUAUUUAUAGCGCUAAUAUUGCAGUUUACUAG